AUGCAUCUAAUGGACCCGGUGCGCAAGGUCAGUGAGAGCGAGUCUCGACUUCAGCGUGAACGCGAUGCUGCUCUUAGCAACGCUGAGGAACAGAAGCGAAAACUGACCGAUCUAUACACCAAAAUCGGACAGCUGUGGGAGGAGAACCAUACCCUCAAGGAGAAUAUCAAAUCCUCGUCGAACAAAGAGAAGAGGACGGAAGAGCUUUGCGAGCCAUGCAAGGCCAAAGAUACCGAGAUCGCUCAACUCCAACAACAACUCGACUUAGCAGGUGAGUCAUCCGAAGAGAACAAAGACAUUGGCUCUCGAACUCAGGAGUGUAACCUUGCGUUGAGUAUAAAGACGAACGACUUGUUUACAACAGCUGUAGAAGCCAAGACCGAUCCCGACGAGGACGCCGCACAGGCCGGAUUACGUAUCGCAUAUUUCAAAGCAGAGGAAGAUUUGCGGACCAAAGACCUCGCGCACGCCGCGGAGAUAGUGAAGAUUAAAGAAGAGCAUGGCAUAGUCGCUACUCGCCUCCACGAGGAAGUGCGUGAUGCUCGCACAACCACUGAUAAAGAGCACGCAGAGAAGCUAUGUACGCAGGAACAGCUUGACAAAAUCACGCAAGAGCUCUCCGACACUAAGAAGCAGCUCUUCGACUCGGAAGAGCAGUAUCGGAUACUCUACGAUAUGAUACCCAAGCCGGGAGGCGGUAAGAUGGUAGAGCCGCACCCCUCAACCAAGCCGCGGUUGAGUCAAAGCAGAGAGAUAGACAGCUCCUCGUCUUCGGUAACGCCCUUUUCGAGGCUGGGGCGAACAUCUCGUUCGCAUGGUAGUCAUGGCCAAGGCCAUGAGGUUCCUCCGUCCCCGUCACAUACUUCUAAUAGCUCGCGAUUCAGCCUGGAACAAGACAGUGAGUAG